GUGUGUGUGUGUGUGUGUGUGUGUGUGUUGUCAGCUGACAGGCAGCAUCCCUGGCAGCCGUCACAACACCGUGUGCUGCCUGCUGACAGCUAGCUAGCAGCUCCUAGCCGAGGCUCCGCUGUUGCACCAGGGGUGGGUUAUGUUUCCCGGAGCCAGCACCGUACACGGAGGCUCGUGCACCACCGACUCAUGGCGGCCGAAAUCCAGCCCCAGCCGCAGGCUCGGAAGCCAUGUCUGCUGAGCAAGAUCGAGGCUUUCCAGGAUGUUGUGAGCUCGGCGGUCAUCAUUCCCAAAGAAGACGGUGUUAUCAGCGUGUCGGAGGACAGGACGAUUCGGGUAUGGCUGAAGAGAGACAGCGGUCAGUACUGGCCCAGUGUCUACCACACGAUGUCAACGCAGUGCUCCUGCAUGUCCUUUAACCCAGAGACCAGGAGGCUGUCUGUGGGGAUGGAUACUGGAAGUAUCUGUGAGUUCAUCCUGUCAGAAGACUACAAUAAGAUGACUCCAGCAAGCACCUACCAGGCCCAUCAGGGUCGAGUGACAGUGGUGCUGUUUGUGCUGGAGAUGGAGUGGCUCCUGAGCACCGGCCAGGACAAAAACUUCAACUGGCACUGCUCAGAGAGCGGCCAGCAGCUGGGGACGUAUCGCACUGCCGCCUGGGUUACAGGACUACAGUUUGAUGUGGAGACCAGACACGCCUUCGUCGGGGACCAGUCUGGUCAGGUGACCAUCCUGAAGCUGGAGCAGGACAGCUGCAGCCUGGUCACCACCUUUAAGGGACACACUGGUAAUGUGACGGCGCUGUGUUGGGACCCGGUCCAGAGGGUGUUGUUCUCCGGCAGCUCAGACCACUCCAUCAUCAUGUGGGACAUCGGAGGGCGCAAAGGCACCGCCAUCGAACUGCAAGGACACAAUGACAAGGUUCAGGGCUUGUGCUACGCCUCACACACUCGUCAGCUCAUCUCCUGCAGCUCAGAUGGAGGCAUAGUUAUCUGGAACAUGGACGUAACACGACAAGAGACCCCAGAGUGGCUGGACAGCGACUCCUGUCAGAAGUGUGAGCAGCCUUUCUUCUGGAACUUCAAACAAAUGUGGGACAGUAAGAAGAUUGGCCUGCGACAGCACCACUGCAGGAAGUGCGGCCAGGCAGUGUGCGGCAAAUGUUCGUCCAAGCGCUCCACCAUCCCCCUCAUGGGCUUCGAGUUCGAGGUGCGCGUGUGUGACAGCUGCCACGAGUCCAUCACUGACGAGGAUCGAGCGCCCACAGCCACCUUCCACGACAGCAAGCACAGCAUUGUUUACAUGCACUAUGAGCCCACCACUGGGAAUCUGCUCACCUCUGGCACCGACAAGGUUAUCAAGCUAUGGGACAUGACUCCUGUGGUGUCCUGAGAUCUGUGGGCGUCCAGCAGUCAGCAGGAGGCUCUGUUCUCCAAACUGUGGUGAUUUCACGGCGGCAGUCGCACUUGGAAGAGAAAGACAGAAGCAUAUCCAACACUAUAGAUGUCAUCUGGAUAAUAUUUGACAGUUAUUCAACAAGUAGCGGUGGCUGUUGCACGUUCACAGUGAGACACACUGCAGGCCGGUGAAGCCUGGGAACAGGACAGGCCCUGGAUGACACAAGGUUACAGACAGUUGUGGGUGUUUGUUUGUGUGAAGGGUGGCGGAUCUGUGUGUGUGUGUGUGUGUGUGUGUGGGAGGGUUUGAGGACUUUGACUUUAUAAGGAAUUGAAACACCUUAUUUACUUAACGUUCAUGCAUUCCUGCCGAUUUCAUACUGGAAACAGUGAGAGAAACAUUUCUGCGCUGGCAGAGGGUACCACCAAACCCAAACUUGGUACUUUUCUUUAGAUGUGAAGCACAACAUGAAACUGGAACACUCAUUCACAGAGUAACGCUCACUCACAUUUAUUCAGCAGGUUGCAGAUUCUCCACAAGAGGAGGCUGUUUGACCAGUUCUGCACCUGCCAACCUGCACCACCUGCAGGAGCACAAAGUAACAGCAGCAGCAGCAGUUUUUGCUUGUCUUUAUUUUUUGUACUCUACAUCUCACAAAGAGGAUUCGUCAGCUGCUGUUUAAGGUCAGAAAUUAAGUUUCAGACUCAACAAAUCUGGUCAGGACCUCCUCUUUCUACCAGAGGACACUUAGAAGAGAGGAGUGUUACAUUUUGGACAUGUUUAAAGGAAUACUUCACCCCCCAAAUGAUCAUUUAUAUAUCAGUUAUUUACCCUGUGUCAUGUUGAAUUUGUGAGGAAGUGUUUUGUUCUUCUCACAAGCCUCCACGGUAAACGAAGAAUCCAAAAACAGAUGAAGUUCUUGAUGAAUUAAAGUCAUCAGGGACCUCAUUUAUGAUAUAACAACAGCAAAACUAUAUCAAAUCAUCUGUUUACUUCCUAAACACAUGCAUUUUCAUUAAAAUCUUACUAUUUAAAACUGAACUGAAAGUUUUUAUCAUCUAGUUUGAGGACAGUGGGACUUCUUAGUUCUUUAUACUUACCAAGUCCUACUGUUCCUAAAUAGCUAGGAGAAACUAAAAAUGCAAACCAAACAGAGGAUAUAGUUUUGUUGUUAAUAAACGUGGUCACCUUGGACGCCAUCAGAAAUUUUCCGUUUUUGGAUUCUUCGUUCACUGUGGAGGCAUUUGAGAUCAGUUACCUUCACAAAUUCAUAACAUAAAACAUAAUGUGGUGAGUAACUGAUACACAAAGGAUCUUUAGGAUGGGAAGCAUUCCUUUAAAAUGUAAUAUGUAUAAAACCUGUUAUGAACAACAGCAGCUAAAAAACUGGAGCUGUAACUCAUUUCCUGCACUUGUGUCAACACUAGAAUUUUUUGAUUCAGAUGGUGCUCAUGAGCAUACCUAGUCUAUCUGCUGCUCUAAUGCUGUUUCUUUCCCUGCCAACGGUGGCACAGGUCGGACUGAAACUGUUGUAGUACACCGGCUGAUCCUGGUUUCAGGUGCUUCACAUCACCGUCACUGCGUGUUCUUGGUAUCAUGUUCAAGAGAGGAAAGAAAUCAUGCGCUACUCUCUGAACGCAGCAAACUGGUAUCAGUAUCAUAAGUUUCUGUUGAGGCAGCUGUUCGUCACAUCAACCAUUACAGUAGGGGGAGAGUUGAGACAAGUCAAUCUACUCCAAUCUGAUUAUCUGAAUUUGUAUCAGAGGUAAAAACAAAAAGGAGUACAGGUCAUGCGAUUCUGACUUUUGUUUCUACUCAGUGGGCUGGAUAUGUGCUCAGAGAGGCCUCCAAACUGCACAGUAUCUGAAUAUCCACAUAGUUUUUUGCAGUUUAAAUAUGUGUGGAUGUUUGGCUUAAAUUUCCAGAGGUUAGGUUAAUACAGAGGACACUGGUUUUAUUUUAAACUCUUGUCAUGAUACCGUAAGAACGCACAGUUUUUGCCUAAAUCCACUCAAGUGCUAAGUACACCUGUCGGAUUUUGUAAUCUGUUAAUUAACCAAUCAGACUGCUUGCUGAUCCUUGUAUGUUUUCUACUGUCGGCUGUUUUAUGAGAUUAUUUAUUAUUCUAAGUGUGGUCUUAAUGUUUCUGACAUGCAAACGCACAUGUCUUCGAGUUAAUCAGUGGCAGCACGUUCACAUAUCGUGUAUCGGGACUGAAAGGAAACUAAUGAACAUUUGAUUUUGUCGUCAUUGUUACUGUCACAAUACUGUAUACGGACGUUUAUGUCAAUGCACUGGAAUCAAAAAGCAAAAAUACGUCACAAAUCGCUGCUGUGAAGAGAGAAUAUGAUUUUGUUUUUUGUGAUUAUCAAGAUUUUGCUUUAAUGAUCAGAUGGUUGAUCUUCUCAUGUUCAAAGCCCACUGAAUAUUUCCCAAAGAUGUUUGAUAUUUAGAUUGAAAACAAGGUUUUUUUAAAACUUGUAGGCUUGACUGUUCAUGAAAAAAAAUUGUCUGCACUUUCACAUCUGCCCAUAAAGGUACAUUUAUAGCAGCUGUUUACUCAUGAAUGUGAGCCUGUGGGUACGUAGAUCUUAAAGGGACAGUUCUGAUUUUUUUAAGUGAUGUCGUAUGAGGUAGUUGGUGUACCUGCAGUAGAUAGCGGUCGGCACACUCCCACUUUGCAGAAGUAUGCAGGAGUGCUGCCAUGGAAACUAAGCAAUGUACUGCUGUGGAAGCGGGGGGAGUAACAAAACGUUAUAGCCACAGAAAAAAAUCUGUAUCUGUCUAAAUGUUCGCUUUAUUGAGAAUAUUUUCACAGCUUUAUCUUGACACUGAGAACCCGUUCCGCUGGAGGAGCGAUCAACUCUUUCAGUUCGCCAUGUAUGCUCUCAUCGAAACCACCAAACUUCUUUAACAAAACCAGUAAUUUAGGCUCGCUCAAAGUGGGAGCUGCUCGUCUACUGCUGCCUCGAUUACUUAGUUCGUUUGUGUCAUUGUGUGACUUCGGUGAAUCCGAACCAACCACUUUAAACGCUGAAGUCACACAAUAACAAACUACCUAACUCUCUCUAAAAUAUAUUCUGCUGCUGCCCCUGUCCACGGCAGCACAUUGCUUAGCUUCCAUGACAGUACGUCUGCCUGUUUCUCCAAACUGAGGGUGCACAAACUGAUCUACUGUCCAUAUUACACUAACUAUGCAUCAGUACCUCAUACAACCCACUUGAAAAGAUCUGGACUGUCUCUUUAUAGGACCCUGCCAGUGUUUUCCUCAGUUUUUUAGCUUCUUAGCUACAGUACAAAUCAUGUGCGGUAUAUUUAAUGGUUUUUUAGACCAGUUUUAACUGCAUGGUGUACAGUUUCAGGUUUUGAGGAUGUGUUUUGCAAAUCUUUCAAAUACGCUGUCUGUUUCCAGCUCAUUGAUCGUCACUGCUGAAAUUCAUGUGAAACGGCGGCUGCUUGGAAUAAUACUAAAAACACCUAAACUCCCCCUAAAACACAGCUCUGCAAAAUAAGUGCCCGUGAUCUUGUAAAGUAUAUGAGCUUUAAAUGAGCAAAAAUUUGAUUUGAUAUAUCACAGUACCCUAACUUCAAUUGCAGUCAACGUCAAUUCAUCUGAGGCCAGUGGUCUAUUUUUCUGUUGCAGGAAAGAUAACAGACAUUGUUGUGUGUCUCAGUGUGUCCAUUACUGUAACCAUGUAUGUAUAAAUGACUUAUUAAAAGAGCAGGUUCACCUUC